CCCUUCAUGAUAUACAACAAAUAAUCAACAAUACACACACAAAAUUAAAGGCACACAUAUUUACACAUACAAGCUAGCUAGCUAGAACUUAUAAUCGAGUUCGAAUAGCAGUAGUUUUCGAUCGCCAUGAAGCUGGGUGUUUGGGGUUGCAAUAGUACUAUUAUUACUCUUCUCAUCAUUCUCCUUUUCCUCCUUCCAUUUGUGAUGCCUGCUAGGCGCAUCGACCAGAGAUACGAGACAUCAUCACCAGCACAGGUUGACGGUGGGAGGGAGGUGGCCGGCGGGAGGGCAGAGGCCGGUGGGAGGUUGUCGGAAAAUGGUGGGGACGACAAAGGAAUGAAAAGUGACAAGCAGGCGGGCGAUGAGAUGACGGCGGUGCAAGAAAGAGGAGAUGAAUAUUAUCAUAAGAGGGCUGCACUGCAAAUGGCGGCGGCGGCGGGUUCGCGGUUGCCGGACUGCUCGCACGCAUGUGGAUCGUGUCACCCAUGUAAGCUGGUGCUGGUGAGUUAUGUGUGCUCCACCACUCAGGAAGCAGAGACUUGCCCUAUGGCCUACAAAUGCAUGUGUGACAACAAGUCUUAUCCCGUUCCUUAAUUCACAUUUCAUUCGUUCAUCUUACAUAAAUGUAUGUUCAUUAAUUAGGAGUUAAUCUGAUCAGUUGAAACAUUUUGCAGUCGUUAGCUAGCUCAUCUUGAUUAAUUCAAUUCCAUAGUUGUUUUUUAGGUUCCUUGAUGUUGGAUCAACCUUACUACUGUACUGUACUACAUAUUCUAAACAUGGUAUGUUGUGAU